GUUUGUAUUGAUCACAUAAAUUUUUCUCCUCAACGUUGAUAAAAUAUGACGAACAACAUCGUCUGUGUUUUAGGAGUUUAUCUUUUAUCUUUGCUUGCAGAAACAGUGAAUGGAGGGUCUUACUGUACCUACUAUAUCAUUACAUAUUCUGAUGUUGGUGGAAGUUACUGUAAUAUAGGUUGCUGCAGUUACACAACGUACAGUCCGUGUUGUUCAGACUUUGAUAAAUAUUAUUAUUACGACUUUUAUCAUAGUUCCGCAGUAUCUGGAGGAGCGGUCGCGGGCAUUGUGAUUGGGUCUCUCGUCGGAAUGGGCGCAUUUAUAACUGUAAUUAUCUGUGUUUGUAAUGCACACCUCAGAAGUAUUGCUUAUGGAGGACAAGUGGUUACAUCAACAAAUCCCGGUGCAACGGUGUCAGACAUCAGUACGUCUAAUGGGACAGUCACACAUGUACAGCCAAAUCUACAGCUUUAUGGACAGCCUUAUACACAGCCUUACGGAGGCCAAGUGAAUGGUGCUUCUGCAGUUGGUCAAACUAUGCCAGAAUAUAGCAAAGGGAAUACUUCAGCCCCACCGCCAUCAUAUACAAGUGUUGUGAAUGAUCAUGGACAUCAGACAACAGCAAAUGUGCAAUCAUCAUAUCCUACGCAAUCUGACCAGACGACUUCACAUUAUUCGGAUUUGACGCCACAUUCAAAUGGCAGUGAACAUAAUUACAGCACGAUAACUGAAAAUAACACGCCAUCCGCACCAAGUGUUGAAAAUACAGACUGAUGUUUCAUUUCAAUUAGUACCACUUAUAUGAUUAAAUCAUAUCUUCAAAGCAGCAUCAUAAAUGGAAAAUCUGUUAUGAAAAAUGAUUAUACUUACUCUAUGAAUUCCUGCAGACUUUUUUUAAUAUAUGUGGUACCUUAGUUUGUAAAAUAAUUAUCCCUAACUAUGCUAUAAAUGUUUCAUGUAACUGAAUUAUGACUUCUUAUUUUUAUGAUUGCAUAGAACUUUCAUAUAACUUCACAUAACUUGGGCAAUGUACAGAUUUAUCUUUAAGAGGACUAAAUAAGGAACAAAUGGUGUGUUCAUAUCGAUUUGGUAUAGUUCUUUUCAUGUUCUGGUACAAGUCGUUGUUUACCAGGAUUAUGAAUCUCAUAUCCUUUUUUUAUUCUCUUCGAGGUCAACGAUGUUGAUCACUUAUAUUUUAUUUUCAUGUAUUUGAUACCGGUUCAGAUCAAUUCAACAGGUAUUUUACUCGGUGUUAUAAUGUUUUUAUUGUAAAAACGUGAAAUGUAUGCUGAGAAAUGAUAGAUUGAGAAUAAUGCUGGUAAAAUAUAUGCAAAAUAAUACAUAUUAAUAGCAGUUGUCAUAUAUAUAAUUAACAAGUAUCUACUAAUUCGCCUUUUCAGAAUCUAAAGGACUACGUGUAUCCCAAUUGAUUGUACACCAACAUGAAAAGGACGUUGCGGCAUU